AUGGACCGGCGCGUCUUCAAAGAAGGCAUCCGGGCGCUAGAGACCGACGGGCGGAUCAAAACCACCAUGUGCUCGAUCCCUACUACCACCGGUCGGUGGAUCCAGCAGCAGGUGAUCUGGCUGCCUGACACAGCCCAGACCGAGAUCGACAACUACAUCUCCAAGCUCUCGGACACUACCUCGGCGUCUUUGCAGUGGGUGCCGAAGAGGGCGCCACGGCGGCAGGUCGAGGAGCAGGCCUUCACCGAAGCCAAGGUGGCUGGUCAGGUGUCCAUCAGCGCCAAAACUAUAGUCAUUCGGCGAGCUCUCAAGGACGAUUCGCCCGCUACGCUCCGUCGGAACGCCCUUAUCAAGCAGCCGGGCGUUGCUGCUACGCUGCUCGGGUACAUUUCGGGUCGCUGGGUCCGGGUACGGCGCCUGUUCGAGGCGCUGGUCGAGACCAUCCCGACAUCCAGGUCGAGCAUAUCACACAACGUCUUCGCUCUGCCUCUCAUCUUUGAGGAUAUUCCGGUCGGCACUUUCUACCAGUGCAUCUUCUCAACCUCGUACGAUGAGGACCUGGAUCAAUGGCUGUCGGAGCCGGAGAAUACAAAGACCCGCCUCAAGGACGUCCCGCACAACUUUCGGCCGGUCAACGGGUUCGCCGGCGCCGGGACCAAGGCAAAAUACCGCACCCUCCUCAACACCCUCUGCCUCUUUGGCCUCUUGUCGCCGCUGCGAGCGUGCGACGCGGAAGACGCGGACGUUACCGUUCCCGGUCCCAUCAACCAGUACUUCAAGGUGCCGGACGCCGUUACUCAGGCGACUCACUUUGUCGUCCACAAACACGCCCCGGUGUAUCACAUCGCUGCGGACCCAGCCGGUCUCCUCGGUAUGCUUCCAAUCUCCACAGCCGCGGAGCGGGACAUCUACUGGUCGGUCACGCGCGACGCCUGCGUCGAGCGAGACCCCAAGGCCCUCCCACCCCUCCAGUCCAACGUCGCUGUCGGCCUACCUCACACCGCCCGCAUCACCAGCACCCUGGAGCCAGAUACCGACACGCUCAGGCUGAUGCGGUCGGGAGCGAGGUGGCGGAGUGAUAUCCGGAUUCUUGAAGAGCAAAGGGCGGCGAUCGACGCGCAGAUCGACUGGCGUCGGGGCGUACCCAAGAUCACCUCGGAUGAGGACAUCGAGGCGUUUGCGUACGAGAACGCCUUGUCGAUUACCUUUGUUCGGGAUGAGCUGGUUCGCCGGGCGCGGCAAGCGCAAGAUCGGGCUACUCGGAUAGCCCAACAAGAAGUGGUCACGGCCAAGGCGCUGCAGGAGCGACGGGCCAGGAAUCAGCGGAGUCUGCGGGAAAAGCUCGCCGAGAUGCGGACGACGACCAAGCGGGAGUGGGAGAAUCGUAUCUUGCAGGCUUGCGAGGUGGCUGGCGUGACCUGUACCUCGGACGUCAUCAACUUUGUCACGCAUCACACCCUUACGCUCCCGAAUCGGUCCAAUCUUAGCGACGCGGCGAUCCAAGAUGCGGUCAGGCUAUCAACGAGAGUGAAGCCGGCGCAGGCGCGAGUGGAGAGGGAGGUGGCCGUAGCAGCGAAGAGGAAGGAACUGCAGGACAGGCAGCCGCCCAAGUCUCGUAAGUCUAUAAUUGGCUUGGCUGACUUAGUCCCCGUCAAAGGUCAGCGUCGACGCCACGAGUGGACGCCAAAAGAGGAUGAUCUUCUGCUCGACGUGGAGGCUAUCGUCCGCGCCCGGUCUCGCGGUCGAGCCAGAGGACGUCAAGCCGUCCUCCAGGUCUUUCCGGAUGUCGGCCAUCAGACCUUUUUGCAUCGCUUCAAAAAGAUCAUCGCGACUGCGGGGAAGCAACAGUACUUUGAGCGGCUGGAGCAGGCGUGGUAUGAUGUGUGGAUGGCGCAUAGGGGGAUGGGCGAGUUGAUUGACGAGGAUCCCGACAGUACGGCCGACUUUGACCUCAAGCAUCAUGUCGAGUUUUUGCGGUCUCACAUCAGGAAGCAGGAUCUGCGUCUUGGUAUCGUCGCUCGGCGCCCCGAGGUCAAAAUACCGGACCUGCCCGCCAGUCACGCCGAUGUGGUACAGCAGGAAUGGACCCAUGCCAAAGUCGAGCAGCCGACUCUGUACCAUGUCAACGACGCUGGGACCAGCGACGAAACCAAACUCGCGGGGUUCGGUAUGGUGCCGCUCAAGCAUGAGCCAAAGGAGAUGCGCUUGGGGUCAAUGGAUCGCUCUCGGGGAUUGUUGAGGGCGUGUCUCAAGAUGGUUGUCUCUACCCCAAACGAAAUCUACGACCAACCCACCGCGACCGCCUUCCUCGCGUGCUAUCCCACCCAAUCGCGCAUGUCCGAGGUCAACAAUCUCGUAGACGAGAGAGCGUUCGUCAAGCAGAACAGUGCUAGCGCCACUUCGCGAUACUUUGGCUACAGCAAUACCUGGAACACCUAUACCGACGGGCCCAUGCCAGGCGAGAUGUUCUCCGAGGCCAGGGCGAUGGAGGAGAAGCUCGAGACCGAGGAGAUGGAGUGGAGGGGUUCUAACUUGGACGUGCUGAUGAUAGAUGAUACCGCUUUCGAGUUUGACUAUAACGUCGUCAAGGUCAAGGACGCGCCCUCCACGCAACUCGCCAUCCUUCCCGUACCCCAUCUCGGUCCUACCCUAGCCACUUGGCCCGAUCAGUACGAGGAUGUCCACGCCGAGGUAAACCACAUUCUGGACCUCGUCCAUACCGCCGGCCCAGACGGGCUCACUCGCGCCCAACUCGACGCCAACUACCCCUCUUCUACCCUCUUUGCGGUAUGCGCAUCGCUUGCGGCGGACUCGCCACCCGAGGUGUUUUGGGCAGGAUACGACACCCCCAGGCUCAUCUCGACCCAACAUUGGGAUGACUGGACACAUGCGGUACCGCGCAAGAACAUCCGGGUACGACCCAGGCGAUGGGUGGAUAUCUUUGGGGAGAUGCUCAAGGAGGACUGGGAGCGGUGCUUGAAGUGUGCGGUGGGGUAUGUGAUGGCUCGGCCUGGAGUACUCACCGUGGGUUUCUCUUGUUGGUUGUGGGGUAUAGCUGAUAGUCAGAUGGACCUCCGCUCGAGGAUGGGGAUCGUGAUGGAUAGGAUGGAGGUUAACGAGGUGCUGCAAUACUUGGAGGAGAGGGGAAAUCUGCGAAGAGCAUGGAUAGGAGGGGGAGGAGUCAUACCUCCGAUUGAAGCGAUGAGCUCGGCAGAAGAGGGGAUGGUGGGGUAUUGGCCGGGGAGGACGUGGGGGAUGGAGUUUUAG